GAAUGAACUGCUAGUAUCAAAAUCAUUUUGGUCCGACUGUAUAGGGUUGCUACGUGCAUACUAGUAGCGCCAUCAUUUAAUGUCACGACUUUGUAGACAAACUGUACAUAUAUAUAGCUAAGCCAUAAUAAAAGAUACUUUAAAAAAAACUACGCCCUAAAAUUACCGACUCAACAAAUUUUAUCUCUGUUGACAAUGAAGAACAAUAAUGAUUUCUUUCAUAUUUAGAACUAAUUUCAAAUUUCGAAUAUGAAACUUCAAGGGCGCUCAAAUGUCAAAACGGCCAUCAUAGCGUGCCGCUACUAUAGGGGCUCAAUGUGCGCUUGCGCAGAUAGGGUAUAGUUAAGUAUGAUGUUCUUAGAUUUAAACAAGAAGGGAAGAUACGCUUUAGUCACAAUUGGACAUUGAAACACGCUGCAUGUGCACUCAAUAUAACAAUAUUACGUAUAUUCUGUGUCAUAAAGAUAUAACAAUGCUUUUAAAAAGAACACAAAUAGUUCAAAAUCAAAUAACAAAUGCCUCGGCAACACUUUUCGUUCCUAAAACUGUAAAAAACAUUUUUUUCUUAAAUAUCACGGUUUGCUGUGAAUCUUAUUUACGUAAUCGCCAUUUUGUUAUCAAGAAAAAGACAACAAUACACCUCAGCCGUACGGACUCGAAGCGGACUCGCACCGUUUCGCUCGCGCAGCAUUCAAGCGUGCAGUUCUGUCUCGCUCGCUCUAUUCAAUGUUUAUAUACAGACGUGUGCGUGUGUGAGAGUUGCAUAUGUAGUUGAGUCGGAUCAUAUUUUAUUUGAUGCUAGCAUGAACGUACCGUAUCUUCCCUUUUUGUUUUAGUCUAAGAUGAUUUCGUGUACCGUGUUAGGAAUUGGAGUUGUGCAUCGGCUGCAUGCAGAACCAAGCGGACGUGAAACUGAACCGGCGCUGCCUGGCGCCGCCGCCGCACCUGGAGGGCGGCCCGCCGCAGUGCCAGCAAUGCAACUGCAGGGUACUGUGGUGCUGCGGCUGCAUGGCCCGCUGGUGGGCGGCGCGAGCCCACGGAGCCCCCAGCGAGUGGCUGGCUGGCCGCGCCACCUGCCCCGUGUGCCGCGCCACAUUCUGUUUGCUGGACGUGAGUGUGGCCCGCCCCGCCCCCGUCUCUCACUGACCCGGCCCCGGGCCCCUCUAUCAUCACACGGAACCCCCAGCGAAUGGCUGGCGGGCCGCGCUACCUUCUGUCUGCUGGACGUGUGUGGUUCGCCCCGCCUCCGUCUCUCACUGACCCGGCCCCGGGCCCCUCUAUCAUCACACGGAGCCCCCAACGAGUGGCUGGCGGGCCGCGCCACCUGCCCCGUGUGCCGCGCCACCUUCGGUCUGCUGGACGUGAGUGUGGCUCGCCCCGCGCCCGUCUCUCACUGA